AUGAUGAGUGUGCUUUGCAUCACAAUAAUCGCCUUGACCCUGGCUGGCAGUGCGUUCAGUCAGGUGACCAUCCCUCCCUUCCAACUAACAGUCAAGGUGUACGCUGAACUGGGAGCCAACGUCACCCUUCCCUGCAGUUCCUUGUCCACUAACGGUAAUGUCGGCAUGCGAGUCAAAUGGACGAAGGUGGCAGAGGACGAGGCACUGAAUGAGGACGUGCUGCUCUCGAUGGGAUUCCACAAGAAGUCCUAUGGGAGCUUUGAGGGCCGCGUCUUUUUGGAACAGAUCGACAACCAUGAUGCCUCCCUAACUAUAACCGACAUGUCCAUGGAAGACACAGGAAAGUACCGCUGUGAGAUCAUCAACGGCAUGGUAGACACCCAGCAGGAGGUCAGCUUGGAGGUGCUAAGCAGUCUCACUGAAGGUGUUGUGUUCCCGUACCACCCCAAUCUGGGCCGCUACAACAUGAAUUUCAACGUGGCCACUCAGGCCUGUCUGGACCAGGAUGCCGAGGUUGCCACCCCUGAGCAGCUGCACGAGGCCUGGAAGGGAGGUCUGGACUGGUGCAAUGCUGGCUGGCUGAGCGAUGGCACAGUGCAGUACCCCAUCAACAAUCCCAGAGAGUCCUGUGGUGGCGUCAACAACGGUCCCGGCAUUAGAACCUAUGGCCGCCGCAACAAAACUGUCAACUAUUACGACGUAUUCUGCUACACGUCUGCACUCAAGGGGCGUUUCUAUUGGCUGGUGCAGCCCGACAGGCUGACCUUCGAUGAGGCCGUGCAGGCGUGUGUGGAUGACGGCGCAGAGAUCGCCAAGGUGGGCCACAUGUUUGCCGCCUGGAAGGUCGAGGCCUACGACCGCUGCGAUGCUGGCUGGUUGGCCGACGGAAGCGUCCGCUACCCCAUCUCCAGGCCACGCAAGAACUGCAGCCCCGAUGAGGCUGCGGUGCGGCUCCUUGGGUUCCCAGACAAGAGCCAGAAGUCUCACGGGGUCUACUGCUACAGGGCCGAGCAGUGA